UGUUGGGGGUCUUUUAGUUUCUGAAACCCCAAGCCCUUGCUCGCCGAAGGUAAAACUGCAGCCGAAUAGCAUUAUCAUCUAACAUUACAGACCAGCGCCGGAGUUUCCCUGCAGAAACUAGCUCAGGUGUUGCUGGCGGGUCAGCUCCUCAAUUUUUCGGGUACCGAUUCUCUUCUACUUGUUUUUAGUGGUCGUGAUUUUAUUAAAAAUCAAGACCAAUGAACAGGGUACAAGUUCUACGAGGCUGUCUUAGAAACGCCCGUGUAGUUUUUAGUCGUGCUGAUUAUUGCUCUCUUGCUGUCUCAUCUUCUUCUUCUUCUUCGUGCGUUUCUCCUCAAUUACCUUCCGUGCUUACAAGCACGACUGUAUUAGAUUACCAAGAUAACUGUCUAGACUCUAGAAAUCAGUCGACUGUGAACUUAGUAGCUGCCAAAGCUCGUGUAGGAAGCAGUCCUGAUGAGAUUCUUCUGUCUUUGGCGCACGAACAAGUGUGCCAUAACAUUGAGGUUUCUAAUGAUCUUGUUGACAAAUUACUCCUCCGCUUUAAGGAUGAUUGGAAAUCUGCUUUGGGUAUUUUUAGAUGGGCUGGAUUACGCCCUGGCUACAAGCAUAGACCCGAGGCAUAUGAUAUGAUGGUGGACAUUCUGGGGAAAAUGAAACAAAUGGAUCAAAUGAGGGAGUUAUUCGAGGAAAUGAAUCGAAAUCAUCUAGUUACACUUAACACUGUGGGUAAGGCUAUGAGAAGGUUUUCGGGGGCAGGAAAAUGGGAAGAUGCUGUGAGGAUGUUUGACGAGUUAGGAACAUUUGGUUUGGAGAAGAAUACGGAGUCUAUGAACUUGUUGCUCGACACGCUUUGCAAGGAGGGCAAAGUUGAGCAGGCCCGCGCUAUCUUCUUGGAGCUUAAAUCACACAUUUUGCCUAAUGCUUACACAUUUAACAUUUUUAUUCAUGGUUGGUGUAAAGCCAAUCUAGUUGAUGAAGCACACUGGACUCUCCAAGAGAUGAAAGGGCAUGCUUUUCGACCUUGUGUAAUCAGCUACUCAACCAUCAUCCUAUUCUAUUGCCGCCAAUACAAUUUUUCUAAGGUCUAUGAGCUCCUUGAUGAAAUGGAAGCGCAAGGGUGCCCACCAAAUGUUGUUACUUACACCACCAUGAUUGUUUUUCUGGCCAAGUCACAGAAUAUUGAGGAGGUUUUACAACUAAAUCAGAGAAUGAAGUCAGCCGGAUGUAAACCUGAUACACCUUUUUUCAAUUCUUUGAUUUAUAUAUUAGGGAGAGCUGGCCGAUUUCAGGAGGCUAUUGAUGUUUUUGAGAAGGAGAUGCCAAAUGCCGGGGUCUCCCGUGAUACAUCUACUUAUAAUUCCAUGAUUGCUAUGCUCUGUCAUCAUGGUCAUGUAUCAAAGGGCCUUAGUCUUCUCAGGGAGAUGGAAACAUCAGCACUUUUCAAACUUGAUGGUCAGACAUUCUACCCAUUGCUUAAGUCAAGCCUUAGAACUGGAGACAUGAACUUGUUGAGUCAAUUAUUGGAUGACAUGGUGAAAAAGCAUCAACUAAGUCUUGAUAGAUCAGCCUAUGCUCUUUUAAUUCAUGGCCUUUGCAGAGCAAACAAAUGCGAGUGGGCUUACCAUCUGUUUGAGGAAAUGAUCAGUAAAGAUAUAGUACCGAAAUAUCAAACAUGUCAUAUGCUUUUGGAGGAGGUCAAACUGAAGAGUAUGCUUGAUAGUGCUGAGAAAAUUGGAGAUUUCAUGAAAAAAAAUUAUAAAUGCAAGGCGCAAGCCUCCCCGGUGAACUUAUUCUAAUUAUCUCUUUUUCUAAUACUUAUUUGUCUCCCAUAGCAUGUGGUAUACUAAUACAUGGCAUUUUGGCACAGUGGUUCUAUUUUUGGUCAUUUUGGGCAUAUUUGAUUUCUCACUACUUUAUUCAUUUUCUUAAAAGAAAAACAAGUGCUUGGCAGGUUGAGUUCAUGUUUUGCGCUUGUACUGUCUACAAUUGGAUUUUCUGUCAUUGGUAAUCAAACCAAGGUUUGGAUCGUGAUUGUGAAGGUCAUUUUCCUGACAGUGAAUGAAAUCAAACAGUGAGACAUGAGAUUCAUAGCAAAUUGAAAAUGAGUCCCCAAAGAUGAACACAUUAGUGAAAUAAGUUAUUGUGUCCUAUAAUGAAGAAAAUAAUAUGAUAAACACCGGUUCAAUAUCUUGUUAAAACCCAACUGUACUUUUGUUAGGUAUCGUUAGAAGCUAAUCAUAACACCAAUGCAUUUGUCUUCUUUUCUCUUGCUAUGUUUCACUUGCUCUCUAUGCUUCAAGUCUAUGUCUUUGUAUGAUUCAUUGAAUUCAAAUCUCAUGGAAACAGAUGCAAACAAUAUACUCUCCAUUUAUGCCAUGUUAUUCCAAAUAACAAAAUAAAACAAGCAAAUUAAGGGCAGGCUGUAAAAUUUUAGAUGUAAUUAGCCUUGCGAAAUAAUUUAACUUUAUUUCUCACAUAAAAUGAUCAUCAAUCAAUCAAGGCACUUGCAAGUGUGGCAAUGUCUCUAGAGCAAGAGGGGUUCCUGUGGUCCUAAAGGUUUUAAAUCCAUGUGCAAAAUUUCACCGUGAUUUCUUAUUCCUGUAUCCUCGACGAUAAACGAGGAAUGAUCUUCCCUUGCCAUAUUAGCUACUUGAUUAGCAACCUGUUUUUUCUGCAGCAUGAAGCAUUAUAAAGCGGCAACCUGCUUGACAUGUGAUGCAAACGAACUCUGUUUCAGACAAGCACCUGCCAUAAUUAUGUGAUAGUUAUUAGCAGAUGCUUACAUUCAACUGUCAUGAGUACAUCCUUGUCUAAUUGAAGUAUUUUUGUGUGAAAUUUUCCUUAUUUGCGGUUAUUUGAAAGUAAUGCAAGAUACACUCAAAGAAAUACCACUCUUGUUUUCAGAAUGAGAUGUUUUGGGGAACAGAUUUGAUAUUCGAAUUCUUGUAUUCAAUAUUACCUGCCCCAAGCAAUAUUCAAGAGAAUGCAGCUGACCAUAUAUAUGUCA